AUGUUCAUUGAUGGUGACCGAAUUGUAGAUGCAACUCUUGUUCCAGACAUUAAAGCUUCUUCCCCAUUACGUGACGCUUUCCCACCAAUGCCUAACAUUCAACAAUUUGAUGUUGACGUAAAUUUGCGUCGUAUCUUCUUUGUCACCGAAUCACCUAGUGGAGCAAACAUUAGUUGGUUUUCAAUAAGUCAGCCGAAACAACUCAGACAAAUAAUUAAUGCUGAGCGUCUACGAACACCUGAACUUAAGGAAGCAAAUCGGCAUAUAUCUGAUAUGCGUUUGGAUUGGUUUACACAAAAGGUCUAUUGGACUACUGGAAGAAGCGGCAAAGUUUACGCUUACGAUAUUAACGGCAAUCACAUUAUGACAAUUGCUACCGGGGACUGGACAUAUGCUAUGGCUUUGGAUCCUUGUUCAGGACUACUUUUUUGGUCUGACAGUGGUUACAAAGUGUCAGGGGGUUCUUAUGAACCCAGGAUUGAACGGGCAAAUAUGGCUGGUGGUCAACGUCGUGUUUUGGUUCGCGAGGAUUUAAGUCUUGCCGCAACAUUGGCUGUAGACUCACGCGAGCAGAGGCUAUAUUGGGCUGAUGUGAACCGCUUGAGCAUUGAAUCAAUCGACUACGAUGGAAACAACCGACGCUUGAUUGGAAUUGGUUUUCGGGCAAAAUCUUUGGAUAUCUGGCAGAAUUGGCUUUACAUGAGUGAUCCACUUUCAAACGGAAUUUUCCGAAUGAAUAAAUUUACUGGGAAUUCCUAUGAGAAUGUUGUGGCAGACCAUAGAAGGCAAACAAAAUAUUUUUAUUUCAAAAUUAAAAAUUAUUACAGCCCUGGAACACUGCGAGUUUUUGCCUCUGAGGCAGACAUUCGAACAAGAAAUCAGUGGUGUAGCGAAAGAACAGCCCAUGCAUGUGCGAAAAAUAAUGGAGGCUGUGAGCAGAUAUGCCACGUUGUGGCUGCCGAUGAUCUUGAACUUGGUGGUGGAGCAGGAGGAACUAUAUCCGCGCAUCGUGUUCAAUGCGCUUGUAACGAUACAUUCCAUAUAGUGAAACAACCUGGUGAGGAUAUAGCUACUCAAUGCGCACCAAAUGAUGCAGCUUCUGGAACAAAAUCUGGUGGAAGCUGCGAGGGUCCUUAUAAUUUCCAAUGUGUUGCUGAUGGUAGUUGUAUUGCUUUGGACAGAACUUGUGAUGGAAAGAUGGACUGUGCUGAUUCAUCCGAUGAAUCACCCAGUUAUUGCUUCGUACGUUUCUGUCCAGAAGACUAUUACUUGUGUGCAAAUCGACGUUGUAUUCAAGAAUCUGGACGUUGCAAUGGCGUUAACGAUUGUGGUGAUCAUUCUGACGAACUCGAUUGCGGCAACUUCAAACCGGGUAGCCGUCCAGGAAGCAGCGGAUCCGGUUCACCCACUACUACUGUAUGCCCGCCUGGGGCUUUUGCCUGUACAAACGGCCAUUGUAUUAAUCAAAGCCGUGUUUGUGAUGGUCAUAUUGAUUGUCAGGAUGAAAAUGUCUCCGACGAAAAUAGCAAGACCUGUCCUGGAUUACCCAUUGAUUGUCGAGGUGUCCGUAUCAAAUGUCCAAAGACUAACGUCUGCAUUCAGUCUGAUGAGCAAUCCUUGUUUUGUUUAAAUCAGCCUUGUUCACAACAUUAUGCCCGUUGUCCGUCUGGUCGAUGCAUUCCGGAAACUUGGGUUUGUGAUGGGGAUGUAGACUGUGCUGAUGGAGGAUGGGACGAAACUUCCACAAACUGUACUGAUACCAAUGGCAAACGUGUUUGUGUUGGCAAAUAUUUAUUCCAAUGUGACAACUCCAAAUGUAUUUCACGUGCUUUUAUUUGUGAUGGCGAAGAUGAUUGUGGUGAUGGAAGUGAUGAAUCAACUGCUCAUAGCUGUGGAAACAGAACUUGCAUGGAGGAUGAGUUUAACUGCAAAUCCAACAAACAUUUGGCUCAACCUAAGUACGAGUGUAUUCCAAAGACGUGGUUAUGUGAUGGAGAUGUUACUUGUGUUGGAGGUGAAGACGAAAGUGAGGCUCUCUGUGGUGUGGCCAAGAAAGCUUGUAACAAGGGUAAGAGACUAAGCAGAUGAUUAAUAUCCGACCUCUUCGAUUUAUUACUAUUUUCAGGUGAAUUCCGUUGCUCAAACAAUAAUUGUAUACACGCAUGAUUGUCUUGAUGGGUCAGAUGAACACGCAAAUUGCACGUAUCAAUCGUGCCAGCCGGGGCUGUGGCAGUGCAAGAAU